AAAAAUCUUUCGACCCUGAGGCAAAGAUAACCCCAAUGCAGGAUCUGGUUCGCCAAUGGAAAGCCAAACCACUACAUGGUCGGUAUAGGAGCCGCAUAGAAGACAACGCCAUUGACACGAAGGCUUCCCAAGGAUGGUUGCAGUCAGGUAAUCUGUUCCUGGAGACGGAGGGCUUCAUAGCCUCCAUCCAGGAUCAGACCGAAACGGAUGAAUUGAAACGUGAAGUUGGUAGAGCGAUAUCCCAAAAUGCCAUAAACGAUGAAGUAGCCCCUACACGUUUGUCGGUUCUGGAUCAACCGCAUAUCGAACCUGAAUGCGUAACUAGCCAAAAGCAAAAAGAGCUGAAUGAUCUUUUUCUAAGCACCUUAAGCUUCUACCGAUUUAGUGACCCCACAAAAAGGCCUAGGCUCCCAAAGCUUCUACUAAAUGCAAAAUCCAAUCAAAUAAUACAUCAGAUGGACGAAAUUCUUUUACGCCACCUAGAACACUGUGAUGACUUAGAAGAAGUACAUCUAUCUAUCUAUGCGGCAGCUGCUACUGUGGUGAACGUGAAUGGUCAAAAGUUACUACCACCUAAUGACGCGCCUCUUAAAAAGACAUCGAAACGUAGUGAGGAGCCAUGGAAACUAAGACUCAUGAAAGAUAUUGACUCAUGUAGAGCUGAGGCGGAUCUCAUUUCAGAAUACCAAGGAGGCAAUAGGUCCCGAAAGGUGAUCAAGAAAAUUGCAGAUAUUAAACGGAAAAUUAACGUACCCCCCAGCUGCGAUAUCGAUAGCUCAUUUUUAAACCUGCAUAGAGAUAAAAUGAGGCAAGAAGCCAAAAUGAAAGGUGCCCGGCUCCAAAGAUAUAAUGAGACCAGCAAGAGAAAGCAGCAAAAUGCUUUGUUCGAGAGAAACCAAAACCAGUUCUACAGAUCUAUCAUCCCAGAAUCAUCUUCGGAACCCAAAGGCAUUAGAGAUACGCAAAAUUUUGUUAAAUUUUGGAGUGAUAUUUGGUCCGAACCAAAGCCAUCAGACCUUAAUGCGCCUUGGAUCAAAGAGGUAGUGAAGGCAGCUAAGGUAAACCCAAUGAGCGUUGCAAUAUUCUCUCAAGAUGACGUAAGUAGAGUGCUAAAAAAUGCUGCUGAUUGGAAAGCGCCGGGACCCGACAAUAUUCAGAACUUUUGGCUCAAGAAGUUCCUAAGCACACAUGCUGCAUUGGGUCGAUCACUUUCUAAAGCAAUCACCAACCCGGAGAUAUUACCUAACUUCUUGACGAAAGGAAUAACACAUAUUAUAUUUAAAAACGGCAAUCCUGAAGAUCCGAAAAACUCUAGACCAAUUACAUGUCUCUCUGUGUUUUAUAAACUACUAACAGCACUUUUGAAUGACCAAAUAUAUACUCACUGUGAAAGCAACAAUAUCAUUGCUACAGAACAGAAGGGGUGUGUCCGUGGUUCUUUCGGAUGCAAAGAGCAACUUAUAAUUGAUUCCGUUAUUACGAAGCAUGCGUGUAAAAAUAAGAGAAAUCUCCAUGUCUGCUACAUCGACUACUCUAAGGCGUUUGAUUCCGUGCCACAUAAUUGGCUUUUAAAGGUGCUGGAUAUAUAUAAAGUAGACAUCCGCAUCAUAAACCUAUUGUCCCAUCUGAUGAUGAACUGGGAACCUCUUUAA